AGAGAACGGAGGGGGGCAACGGCACACAACCACCCUACGGCUCUUGCACAACACAUUCGAGAUCACGGCAGACGGAGACAUUGUCGGCUCGUGUACCACUAAAGCCGUUUGUGCCGGAUCUCCCGUUCCUCUGCCCCCGCCUUCUUUCUCCCUUCUCUCUUCACCUCAUUUCGCGAGCUUGUUCACAUCAUGCCCAUCACUAUUGCCCGCACGUUAAUUUUGAGAGCAGCGAGUCUUUCUCGCUCGCCAGCUGUCAGGAGACAGUCAACCAAAACCACCGACACCGAUAAGGUUAAGAGAAGCUUUCGAGGACAAUUAUACGACUCUACGGCUCAACGGAUACGGAAUGAAAGAGCAGCAUUGGCGGGUGCGAAGCUUCGGAGCGGGCCUGCUGAGGGGCAAGCGGGUUCCGAAAAAGCUGGCGGUACUCUCGCUGGAAUCUUUGGUGAGCCUGCUCUCGGCCGUUUACUGCCUUCCCCUGGAUUUGUAUGUCCAGGCUUUCUUCGAUCGUUCAUCCGAUUUUGGAGGAUACCUUGCUGAUUUUCUUUCAAGCUGCUGGAGCUGUCGCAACCGUUUUCUAUUACCUAGGUUCACUCUCCGUUCCUGCGCCUCCGACAAGCUCUACAUCACCGCUAAAAAAUUUUCCCUCACCAAAACAUGACCUUUCUAAGUUGAACCUUGAAGCCUCGUGGACUGAGUUUGUUGCUCUUCUCGGCCCGGAACAUGUAUCGACGGCUGAGGAAGACCUAGCCCGCCACUCAACCUCCGAAUGGUCUUCCCACCAUGGGAGCACGAAGACCCCCUUUCUCAUCGUUUACCCGUCGACAACCGAAGAGGUUUCCGGCAUUGCCAAGAUAUGCCAUCAACGCCGAAUCCCUAUGACUGCCUUCUCGGGUGGGACAUCGCUUGAAGGACAUUAUGCCCCUACUCGUGGCGGUGUCUGCGUGGAUUUCUCGCGGAUGGAUAAGAUCCUUCGGUUACAUAAAGAGGAUUUGGAUGUGGUUGUGCAGCCGGCGGUAGGAUGGGAACAUCUCAAUGACGUUCUCAGUGACGAUGGCCUUUUUUUUCCCCCGGAUCCUGGUCCGGGGGCGCAGAUUGGUGGUAUGGUGGGGACGGGUUGUAGCGGGACUAACGCUGCUAGGUAUGGUACAAUGCGGGAAUGGGUAUUAUCUCUGACGGUGGUUCUCGCUGAUGGAACUGUCAUCAAAACUCGGCAGAGACCCCGGAAGUCGAGCGCUGGCUAUGAUUUAACAAGGAUGUUCAUUGGAAGUGAGGGGACUCUGGGCUUUGUUACCGAGGCUACUUUGAAGCUUGCAGUGAAACCUGCAAGCGAAAGUGUUGCCGUUUCGAGCUUCCCUACCAUCAAGGAUGCAGCGGAGACUGUUGCGGAGGUGAUGGCUAAGGGUAUACCUAUUGCUGCGGUUGAAAUUUUGGACGAUGUCCAGAUGAAAUGUAUCAAUCAGAGCGGAAGCACGAGUAGAAGUUGGAAGGAGGAACCAACGCUGUUUUUCAAAUUUGCUGGUAGGUCUCCUGCCCUUCCGUCUCGUGCGCUAAACAGAUAUCUGAGCCUGACUUCUCCCCCGGUGAAGGAACACAGUUGGGGGUCAAAGAGCAAAUCGCUUUGGUGAGGCAAAUCGGAAAAUCACAUCGUUCUCAAUCAUUUGAGUUUGCCCGUAAUAGUGAUGAGGCCUACGAACUUUGGUCUGCAAGGAAGGAAGCACUUUGGAGUGUCAUGGCUCUUCGCCGCGACGAGAAUGAUCGGUAUGACGACUGCACUUGUCUUGAGGCUCCAUUCAUUCAUCUUUGCUAAUCUGCUUAUAGCGUUUGGACGACGGAUGUCGCGGUACCUCUCUCACGACUAGCAGAAACAAUAGAAGCCGCAAAAUCCGAUCUCAAGGCAUCCGGUCUCUUAGGCAGUAUGGUCGGUCAUGUUGGCGACGGGAAUUUUCAUUGCAUUUUAUUAUUUAACGAGAGCGAGCAGGAGGUGGCAGCUGGGGUUGUGCAUAGGAUGAUUGAACGCGCGGUGAAAAUGGAAGGGACGGUUACCGGUGAACACGGGGUUGGUCUGGUUAAGAGAGAUUAUUUGGAGGGGGAAUUGGGGGCGAGCACGGUUGACGCGAUGAGGCGAGUAAGUUUUUGCCACCUGCCACUGAUUGGAUGAGUGCUUUUUUAUUUUUUAUUUUUUACUAAUAGUACGUGUUCCAAUAUGGGGGUAGCUGAAACUUGCGUUUGACCCUCUUUGCUUGCUUAAUUGCGAUAAAGUGGUUCGUGUGGAGCCAAAGGACAAGAAAUUGGGGUGAAUAAAAAGGAAAGCAAUAUGUCAGUGAACCAAAGUAGAAGUACUUGCUUAUGCAUUGCAUAACGUGUAGCAACUAUGAUAUAUUAUUUAUGUAAUCAUUGCCCCACCUCGAAACGUUAAUGACCAGUCAGCAUCAGGCGCAGAUGUUUCGUUGAUGUUGAAUCAAGCUUUAGUGUAUCGCUUAAUUUUCAGUCUGCCAGAUCCGUGCCAACAGUCUGCCGUUUAUGGAAAUAUUGAACGGCACUAUUACCGCCGAAUCUCGGGAUGGUGGUACGAUUAGCUCGGGGAAAUACCGGCAGCAAGUGAAGGGGAGAGAGAGGGGCAGGUGGGGAUUUGUGAUUGUGAUGUCUUUUUUUUUUUUGCUUUUGAAAGGGCAAGAAACGGACUUUGGCAGCAGGUUCUGGAAGAUUCCACUAGGCAGUGGGGAAGCCCAUGCUGUAUCUUGUCAUUUCCCCUCAUCGCUGUUGUCAUCAAUAGACAGUUUCUUAUGCCACUAGGAUAUCCUUCUCAUCCGGGUAGCUGAACCAAAGAAGAACCCCUCUGGCGGACUGUUGGAUGAGCCGCGACAAGCGUACCCUUCACCGGUUGGUUCCUCUUCCGAAACUCAUCUAUUGGUAUCUUUUCGGAU